UGGGGAUCUUUUCUUGCCCUCAAUUUCACCAAUCCCGCGAACGCAUCGAGGACAUCGGAUAUGCUCAACUUUACCCCUCUCAACAACAAGCCAGUUCGAAUAAUGUACUCGAAUCGCGAUCCAAGUACCCGAACAAGUGCUGCAGCAAAUAUCUUUAUCAAGAACCUGGACAAGAGUAUUGACAAUAAAGCGCUCCAUGACACAUUUUCAGCAUUUGGUAAUGUUAUCUCGUGCAAGGUUGCCAUGGAUUCAUCUGGGCAGUCGAAGGGAUAUGGUUAUAUGCACUUUGAGCAGCAGGAGACAGCACAGGAUGCUAUCAAGAAGCUGAAUGGUAUGGCUUUGAAUGAUAAGGUGGUUUACGUUGGGCCUUUCCUUCGUAAGCGGGAAAGAGAAAUGGACAAUGAAAGCAAGGAGAAGUUUUCUAAUGUUUUUCUGAAGAAUUUUUUGGAUUCUUCAACAGAAGAAGAUUUGUCAAAAGUUUUUGGCGAAUUUGGACUAAUUACGAGUACAAUAGUGAUGAGGGAGGAAGAUGGUAGAUCAAAGUGCUUUGGAUUUGUCGAUUUUCUCAAUCCAGAUGCUGCUGCAAGAGCUGUUAAGGAACUUAAUAGAAAGAAAUUUGAUGAUCAGGAGUGGUGUGGAAAAGCACUGAAGAAGUCUGAAAGUGCGAGAGAAUUAAAAGGGAGAUUUGAGCAAGGUAUGAAAGAAUUAGCUGACAAAUAUCAAGGGUUUAACUUGCAUUUGAAGAAUUUAGAUGAUAGUAUUGGAGAUGAGAAGUUGAGAGAAAUGUUCUCUGUGUUCGGCACGAUUACAUCGUGCAAGAUUAUGCAGGAGCCUAGCUGUGUAAGCAAAGGAUCUGGAUUUGUUUCUUUCUUAACGGCUGAAGAGUCAUCUCGACCGCUGGCUGAAAUGAAUGGUAAAAUGGUUAGUGGCAAGCCUCUUUAUGUUGCACAUGCACAACGAAAAGAAGAUAGAAAAGCUAGGUUGCAGGCACAGUUUUUUCAAAUGGGACCAGGAGCGUCACCUACUGCAAUGCCUCGCAUGCAUAUGUUCCCUCCAGGUGCUCCUGCUCUUGGACAACAGCUUUUCUAUGCUCAAGCCCCACCUGCUCUCAUACCUCCACAGCCUGGAUUUGGUUACCCACAAGUUGUUCCUGGAAUGAGGCCUGCAGGGGGUCCAAUGCCAAAUUUGUUUAUGCUGUUAGUUCAUCAAGGAAGUCAGCAGCAGGCUCAACGCCCUGUAGGUCAUCAUGGUGGGCAGGAUCCUGGACAAUUAAUGCAGCAGCCCAUGCAUUUUCUCCCACAUCAGUAUAGCACUUUUGUGGUUCCGAUAUACAUGGAUUGCACGAGCAGUAGCAAGUGGGAAGUUAUAGGACGCCCAUACGGUUAUCCUCAGGCUCGCAGUAUGCCUGUUGCUCCCAUGCAGGGUGGAAGUUUCUCCUCCAUCCCUAAUCAUGACAGAGAACACCAGCCCCUGGCUUCAGCGCUUGCAAAUGCUUCUCCUGAUCAGCAGAUAACGAUGCUUGGUGAAAGUCUAUACCCUCUGGUGAUGCAGCUAGAGCCCGAUUAUGCUGCUAAAGUGACCGCGAUGCUCUUGGAGAUGGACCAGACCGAAGUCUUGCACCUAUUGCAGUCUCCAGCAUCUUUGAAAGCGAAAGUGAUUGAGGCCAUGGAAGUCUUGAGAAAUGUCGCUCAGCAGCAGCAGCCGCCGGCUAAUCCACUUCACAGUCGGUUGGCUUCACCGUCUCUGAAUGACGAAUCCUGUGUCUGUUUGGUUUUUUCCUUAGUUGAGUUGUAGGUGAGGCUAGAUGAAGUGAUUUUUGAAACGUCUCCGUUUUGCUUGAGGUUUGUUGUGCCAUUGCUGGUGGUUAUCUUUAGUACGGGUGCACUAAUUUUUUUGUCAUAUUAGUGUAACUUUCUUGUUCAUUUAA